AUGAUGAAAGGAAUGUCAUCGGUUGGAAAGAGCCAUCAUAAGACACACCCGUUGUGCUGCCUCCAUGUCUCUGAGGCCUUCUGCCUUCAGAGGCCGACCUGUGGGGAGUGUGGCUACCUGCCACACCAGGAAAGAGUAAACUGGAGUCCCAAGGCCAAAAGCCCCAACACCAGGACUGGUGGAAUGAGGCACCUGCAAAUUAUGCACAGUGGAUUCAGACAUGGAUUCUGUGAAUGA